UUACUGUAAUGUGUCAUUUUCAAGUACAUAUCAACUUAUAUGUAAGGCUGUGUAUACGAUAAUUGUCUCCGAUGAUAGCGGUAGCGUAAGCAGUCGUUUGUGGUCCGAUUUUGAUUCACUGAUUUUCUCUCACAGGUUUUCUACAUAUUUUCAUAUCGUUAAUAAUUAACUGAGCUAAUGUUCCACACCUCACAUCGGCAGAAGUUGUGCCUAAGCAAGAGCCUUCAAAACAAUGGCUAGAAUUUUUUUGAAGUCAGUGUUUGUAGUGACUAUUGCAAUUUUAGCUUACAGAUACUUCAAUGCGAACAUAGACAGAGACUCAAUACAAGGAAAAAGAAUUCUCGUUACCGGGGCAAGCCAAAAUAUAGGCGAAGAAGUUGCUUACCAAUAUUCAGAACUUGGUGCAAAAAUUGUUGUGACUGCACGUCGGGAAAAUGAGUUGAAACGAGUUGUGGAAAAAUGCCUUUCUCUUGGUGCGAAAGAAGCAAGUUAUGUUGUUGCUGAUAUGACUGAUACUACAGUGUAUGAAUCGGUUAUAAAUAAGGCAGUUAAUAAAUUAGGUGGCCUUGAUAUACUGGUUUUGAAUCAUGUCAUAUCUCGUCAUGGCAAAUGGGAAGGGAGUAAGGAUGAUUUAAAUUUUAUGAGAAGAUCCAUUCCAGUGAACUACGUUAGUUAUGUUGAACUUGCGUCAGCAGCAAUGCCCCAUUUGCGACAGUCCCAAGGCCAAUUGAUCGUCGUCUCAUCGCAAGCAGGUCGUCCAGGUAUACCAAACAUUGCGGCAUAUGGAGCAACCAAGGCGGCUGUUGCCAAUUUCUUUACCUCAUUGCAAUUGGAAGGAAUGAUGACAGGACAUGAGUAUCCGAGCAUAACUAUCUGCAUACUGGGUGCAAUUGAUACUGAGGGAGCGAGAUGGGUACAAGCAAAACAAAGAAUGCAGAUUCAAGGGUAUCCUGUAGAUAAAACGGCAAACGUUAUCAUAGAAGGUGGAAUUACAAGAAGUCGAUAUGCAUAUGCCCCUCCUUAUAUAGGCUGGUUGGCAACUGCAAGAGAGAUGAUGCCAGAGAUAUUCGAUCGAAUCCUUCUAUACUUCGUAUUUUGAUUAAACGGAACUCGUGUUUAGAUAAUAGUUUAUUUGGUGCCGUUGCACUACUUUUAUUAAAUCGAAUAUGGCUUCAUCAGAGAGCUUCCCGAUUAGAAGAAUUUAAUUUUCCAACUCCUCUUUGAUCAAGAAUGGUGAUUCCAAUGACUGUCAUCAUAUUAGCGAUUUAAACUGUCGUCAGUGGUUUGCAAUAAAUAGUAAUUUGUUCGAUCAUUUAUUUGACGGUGCCCCGCGUUUAAUGUUCUUAGUAACACUGGCUAUGUAGGAAUGCGCUCGUAGACAUAUAGUAAAAUAUGCAACAACUUCUCUCUGAAAUUAAAAUUUCAGACGUCAACAUAUAUAUAUCGAAUUCGAACUCUGAGUACGAUUGUAUUUCAAAUGAUGCGUAGGAAUCUCAUUUAUGAUUAAUAAUACUGUAAAUUGAUAUGGUUUGAAGAUGUAAUGUUUUCGUAAACUAAACGUAACAUUUUUGAAUUACUGUAGUAGAUGAUCAAAUAAUAUAUGCAAAUCGACGCUG